CGGUUCAUUUUGUAUUGUGCUUUAUAAUUCAAAGACUUUUCUCGAUCAUCGUGGGUAAUGACGUCGCGUUUCUUUGCCACGGGAGAUACUUCCUCUUCAGAGUCUGAACGUUCUGAACAUACUGAAGACUCUUAUGUUUCAGGAGACGAAUCUUCUGAAGCAGAAUCUAACGAUGGAAACAAAGCAACAGGUUUCGAAGUGGGUGAAAGAUUGGCACGGUAUUUGAGAGACAGUGACUCGGAAGAAGGUGAAGAGAAGAGAGUUGUUCGUUCAGCAAGGACCAAACAACAAGAGGCUCUUUUGUCGAUCAUUCAACAACUAAAGAAUCACAUCAAAAUAAGUGACUGGAUUUCAAUUCAGUCCGACUUUGAUGCUCUCAACAGACAACUUCAAAAAUUCUACAAGGUUGACGUUUUGAGUGAAAGUAGAAAGGAACCUCCCAAAGCCUAUAUAAGUGCUAUCGUCUUGUUGGAGGACUUUCUGAAUAAGACGGCAGAAAACAAAGAUAAAAAACUUUCCAAGACAAAUACCAAAGCUUUCAAUGCAGUAAAGCAACGUCUUAAAAAGAACAAUAGAGAGUGGGAAGAAUAUAUUAGAAAAUUUAGAGAGUCAGGUGCUAUUCCAGGAGAAGAUCUCCACGACGAAGACGAAGGUACUGGUGAAGGAGUUGAUGAAGAGCAAGAAGAAAGUGAAGCCAAUGAGUCUUGGGACGAUUCGGAAGCAGAAUCUUUGGGAGAUUCGGAACAAGCGAAGCCAGCUACUUCAGGAGGUAGUCAGUGGUUACUAAAGACAAGUGGUUUGUCUAAAGGCUCACAAGCCACGUCACAUAAGGAGAGAAAAAAGUCCAAAUCACAGAUUCUUCAGCAGUCUGGACAAAGUUUCAAAGAAACUUUUGAUAAUAUACCUGCCAUAGCUUCUAAAGAUUUCGGUAUUACGGAGGAUUUGUCAGAAUCUGCAAUAGAUCAGAAACUUGUGGAAAUCAUUGCCACUAGAGGUCGAAAAGGAACUAGUAAAAGGGAGAGUCUGUUGCAAUUGGAAAUGUUAUUGAAAGUAGCCAAGACAUUAGUACAAGAAAUGGAGAUUUUAUUUCAAAUCGUUUCGACACACUUUGAUAUGACUCCAUUGUCAAUAGGAUAUAUGUCUCAGGAGAAUUGGCGUAAUUGUGUGCAGUGUAUUGAAAAAAUUUUGAACUUAGCUUUUGAACAUGAAACCCAAGUGCGUUUUGUAGUGAAUCAUCCUUCCACGGAAACUUUAGAUGUGUCAGUUCCUAUAAGAGGAGAUAAAACAACGAGUCAAAUAGAAGAGUCCAUAGAAUCUGAAACGAAUGGUGAUAAGAAUGACAAGCGGAAGUGCGUUCGAGGAGAUAUAGCCACACUUUUGGAACGUAUGGAUGAUGAUCUCUUUCGAGCUUGGCAAGGAAUAGAUGCUUAUUUACCUGAAUAUGUGGAUAGACUCAAAGAUGAAUUUGUCUUGUUAAAAUUGCUUGCCAAGGCACAAACUUAUUUUGAAAAAGAAGAAGAGUUGGAUAGAGCUGCAAGAAUUGCCUGUAGACGAAUUCAACAUUUAUAUUAUAAACCUGAUGACUUGAUUGUAGGAAUGAUUCAAGCAUCUCUACAAAAGACUAGGAAACAAUUGCAAGUCAUCCAUGAUGAAGAUCCUGUAUUAUCCGGAUUGGUUUAUCUAAAUGAAACACAAGAUGAGUCUUUGCUGUUAGAUAUUCCAGAGUUGCCGAUUCAUCAACGUCCUCUUAAAGGCGAACAAGCUUUAUUACGUUUGGCAGUGUUGGUUUAUCGUUAUGGCUCAGAAAAUCUCAAAUCCAUCGUCAUUUUAUGUCAAAUUUAUCAUCAUGCCUUAGAAAAUCGAUAUUAUGAAGCUCGAGAUAUGUUGUUGAUGAGUCAUUUACAAGAAAGUAUUGGACUUUUAGAAUUACCUUUGCAAAUUCUUUUCAAUCGAACUAUGGCACAAUUAGGAUUAUGUGCAUUUCGUCACGGGUUAGCUCAAGAAACUUUGUAUUGUUUACAAGAAUUGUGUACUCCAGUGCAUACAGGACUUGGUAGUAGUACAGUUGCUCGUUUGAAAGAGUUAUUAGCGCAAGGUAUUGUACAACAACGUGGACAUGAAAAAACUCUUGAACAAGAACGUUUGGAAAGAAAUUAUCAAAUUCCUUAUCAUAUGUACUUACCCGUUGACUUUAUUGAAAUGGCACAUUUGAUAGCGGCAAUGGUGAUUGAGAUUCCUUCAUUGACUCGUGCGGAAGCUAAGAAUGAAGCUCCUCAGAAGAGAAAGAUUUAUUCGAGAGUUUUCCAACAUUUCUUAAGAAAUUCCAUCAGGCAAGCAUAUCCUUCACCUCCAGAAAAUACGAGAGAUUAUAUAAUGUCUGCUUCACGUGCUUUUUUGUAUCGUUUUACAUUGGAAAUAUGCUUAUCAACUGAUAUUGCAAGUAUUCGAGCUUGGGAGUCUAUCGAUGUUGCUUCUGCUCAAUCUAUUUUACAAACCUGGAGAAAUUUGAUUCAAGUGGAAGGUUUACGCACCUUUAUUCAUUCUUAUGCUAGUUACUUUGAUUCCUUGAGUGUUGCAUUUCUAUCUGAAUGGUUUGAAUUAUCUCCUGCUCGAGUACAUUCUCUAAUUAGUAAAAUGAUUAUGAAUGAAGAGUUACAAGCCAGUUGGGACCAACCGAGUGGUUGUGUGCUUAUUAAGAGAUGGGAACCUAAUCAUUUACAGUCUUUAUGUUUGCAACUUACGGAGAAAUGCAGUCAAUUGAUAGACUAUAAUGAACGAUUAUUGGAUGCUCGAUCGGGUGGACAAAUGUUGAAGACUGAAGAACGUGAAGAGUUUUUAAAAACUGCUUCUCAUUGGAUGAAUGCUGGUGGAAAUAGAAAGUUGAGUACAACAGAAAAUUGGGUCAAAAGUAGAACUGCAGCUAGUUGAAGUUUUAUAUUAGUCUUGUUGAGUAUCACUUUAUUCAUAUGAAAGUAAUAUAAAACGAUAUACCGAAGAAUAGAUUCCAUUGCAAAAUUGGAAAAAUGGCUUCUUUUUGAUGAAAACCUUUUACUUGGAACAAAUAUGUUAUAAAAAUAGUAUUCUCGAA